GGACGCGGCCCUGUUGAGGGGUAAGGGCCUCCAGCGCUGUGAGCUCCACUUCCCGGAAACAGCAGCUCAGUGUACUGAAUAAUGGCGACUCUAUCGGUGUGCCAGCCUCAGCUCGGAGGUUUCAGUUUCGAGAACUGUAAGAGGAAUGCUCUGCUAGAAGCUAACAUUGCUAAGCUGGGAUGCAGUCUGCCUGCAGCUCGUAAAACCGGCACCACCAUCUGUGGAAUCGUGUACAAGGAUGGAGUGGUGCUGGGAGCUGAUACCAGAGCGACUGAAGGAAUGGUUGUAGCUGAUAAGAACUGCUCUAAGAUCCACUACAUCUCCCCGAACAUUUACUGUUGCGGAGCUGGUACGGCAGCAGAUACGGAGAUGACCACCCAGCUGAUCUCCUCUAAUCUGGAGCUGCACUCUCUCUCCACCAACCGCCUUCCAAGAGUGGCCACUGCUAACCGCAUGCUCAAACAGAUGCUCUUCAGGUAUCAGGGUUAUAUCGGAGCAGCGCUGGUGUUGGGUGGAGUUGACUGUAACGGGCCGCACCUCUACAGCAUCUACCCUCAUGGCUCAACAGACAAGCUGCCCUAUGUUACAAUGGGUUCUGGCUCUCUGGCUGCUAUGGCCGUGUUUGAAGACCGAUUCAAACCCAGCAUGGAGGAGGAGGAGGCGAAGCAGCUGGUGCGUGAUGCGAUAGCAGCCGGGAUCUUUAGCGACCUCGGCUCAGGCAGCAACAUCGAUCUGUGCGUGAUCACCAAAGGCAAGGUGGACUACCUGAGACCACACGACGAGGCCAACAAGAAGGGCGUCAGAACCGGUGACUACAAGUACAAGCACGGCACCACAGGCGUUUUGACAAAGGAAGUGACCCCUCUUCAGCUGGAGGUGAUGGAGGAGAGCGUGCAGACCAUGGACACGUCCUGAACAGACACCACGCUGACCGUCACCCUUGACCCCGUUCUGUAUUUCAUGUAUGGAGAUGUUUUUUCCCCGUGUUUACAAUAAAAUCUGUUGUGAAGAGA